AUGACCUGGCUUUUAGUGCAAAGGGUAGCUGUGGGGGUGGUAAUACCCUCGCCCAAUCGCAUGCCCUUAUCGCUACCUGGGCCUGGCGGCUACCUCAUCCACUGCUAUCAGUAUCCCAUAAAAUAUUUCAACCGGGUAUAUCAGCUCCCCGGGGCUUCAGGAACAGAAAGGACAGCUUCCCGAUGGUCUAUUCCUAAUUGA